AUGACACGCCACGCACGCAACACGGCCUACCUGGAGUAUGCGAAGGGUGUUGACGCACCCGCCAAGAGCUACAACGGAGUUACCCUGGACACCUCCAAGUGGUCGGCCUCGAUGGUGAAGUCCUUCAGCAUCAAGGCCAAGGUGAAGUUCAACAACAUGAACUCCAACUACCCCCACCUUUUCUGGGGCGAGGACUCAGGCACCUUCGCCUUCUGCGUGCACGGCCUCGGUCCGGCCUACGGUGGUCGAAAGGGCGAGACCGCCUACUACCUGGCGACUGCCAAGGGCAUUGGCCCGCACGGCCGGGGGCUGGACAACGGCCAAGGCUGGAUUGGCACUGGGAACAAAAUGGACGACGGCCAGUGGCACGACUUCGAGGUUGCCAAGUACGGGACCAAGUCAGCCAUCUUCCUGGAUGGGCACAAGGUGGAAGCAAGCAUCGCGGCCGGAAAGACGGAGGCGGACUUCAUCAUGAAGCCGGUCACCACGCUCCGCAUCGGCACCGCGAAGGAAGGCACCGGCUUCGAGGGAGACAUCGGGGACGUGGUCAUUACUGCUGAGGGCAAGCAGGUGUUCCCAGAGCCCCCCCCGCCUACUGCCAAAGCUGCCGCGGCGGGGGCGGGGGCGGGGUGCACUGGCAGCCUGCUGCCGGGCAACACGAGCUGCGACGAGCAGAGCGUGGAGGACUGCAAGGGCAAAUACACGGAGUUGUCUCCCGGCGUCUACUCGCACUGCGAUGUGAGCGGUGGCCAGUGCCUGGCGACGGGGCCUAUUUGCAAGACCGGCUGCCGGGGCAAGCGCCGCGUCAAGCGGGACUAUGAGCUGCCGGCCUGGCUGAAGUGGCUGGAGGGUAGUUCCAAGCACUUGCGCGUGCGCAUGCGCGAGUGGGAGGACGGGCUGUGGCGCAAGAGCAGCGGCUGGCACGGCCACGACCUCAUCCACAGCCCCCAGAGCGCCGUGUACAUACCUUGCUACUUCUACAGCCCCGCGGAGAAGAUGCUGCAGGGCCCCGUCUGCUUCGGCCCCGGCGCCGAGAGCCACCGGGGCCUUUGCCACGGGGGCGCCAUGACCUCCGCGGCAGCCUCAGGCGAGAAAAACGACCACGGGGACCCCGCCUUCGACGACCUGUUGGGCCACCUGGCGUUUCUGGCGGCGGGGGAAGGGCCAUGGAGCGGCGCCACGGUGCAGAUCAACUGCAAGCUCUGCAAGCCCGUGCGGGUGGGUCAGACGCUGCUGCUGGAGGGUCACGUCGCCAAGCAGGAGAGGAAGAAGGUCUUCGUGGAAGCGCGGCUCGUGGGGGAGACGGGGGAGGUCUACGGCCGCAUGGACGGGCUCUCCAUCGUAGGCGCCAAGAUGCAGGAGGAGGACUCCGAGCUGGACAGAAGGCAGUGGCACUUCGACGAGGCGAAGCGGGCCAUCGUGGACUCCCCUGACCACCGGCACCUGCUCUGA